GUACAACAAGGAGCGCCCAUUACUCCUACCUCCUACUGUAUCUUCUUUUCUACUAAGUAACAACGAACUCUUUAAUAUGUUGCUUUGCUUUUUUUCGCAGCAGGGCCGGCUACACCAGAAAGACACUUUACAACAGUUUCCUAUGUAUAGAAAAUAACCAAAGUCAUCUCCUUUUCCUGUUUUACCUAAGUGAAGAAGGCGUUUGCUCUUUCUCUAUUCCACAAAGAUGGGCGGCACGACCAGACGACCACAGCUCUGAAAAAUAACAGCACAAUAACGCGAAGAAGUACCACGACGACGUUUUCUACUUCACACCUCGAUUGCAGGUGGUACCACCUCCCCCCCACCCCAAACUCCGACGACCCACUAUGUCGAACGACAGCAAGAAGCCGGGGCCCACCAGCGGCACUAGCGGUGCGGCAUCUUCUACCGCCGGAGCGACGAGAAAGGAGGACCCCAGUAACAAGAGCAAGAAGGAUUUGAAAAAGGAAGCGCUGAAUGAGGAGGAUCAGAAGCUCAAGGACGAGCUGGAGCUCCUCGUCCAGCGAGCGACAGAGAAGCACGACGUGAAGAUCAUAAAGGCCAGUUUGGACAAUGUCAGCGAGAAGCUCAAAACCGCGUCGUCAACAAUGACCAGCGUGCCCAAGCCGCUCAAGUUUCUGCGACCACACUACGAAACGCUGCAGAAAUUCUACGAAGCGGAGAAAACAAAGUUCCUCGCCAAGGACGACGUAACCUGCAGGCUGUACGCAGACGUGUUAAGCGUCCUAGCCGCGGUGAAGUCCCCACCAAAAAGAAAAGCGGACGUGAAGAAACAAGAGGAAGAGGCCGCAAAGAAGGCUGCGGAGGAGGAAGGUACGAUUGUCGCGAUUACAUUGCAGUGAAUUAUUUGUUUCAAUUUUUCUUGCUAGCGUUUAUAUCGCUGUGGACGUGAUGAAAGCGGAUGUUACUGUUAGUAAGUACCUGUAUCAAGGAGGAUCGCAAGAAAUCCAAACCACUUACAAAUUUCAGCUAAGAAGCAAGCAGAGGCAUCGGGCGAGAAAAAGAAGGACGAAGAAAAAAAGGAGGAGGAGCAGCCUACAGAAAAGAAAGAAGAGGUCUUCGUUGAAGAACUGGAUCCCUACAAGGCGAACCGGUCAAGGGAGUGCCUCAGGUGCGGAGCAAAAACUUUUUGUUUUGCUAGCUUGACAGGCCGAUGAUCUCGAUGUGGAACGAUGAGACUCAGUUUUGCUAGGGUGCCGAUUUCAUCUUUGCUUGGCUCGUAAACAAAGGUGCUGUUUUUAGUUAGUAGCGAGUGUGUAAGAGGUCUUAUCAAAACAGGUAUCGGCUAGAAGGUACUAAGGGCGACACAUUCGUAACCUGGGGCCACGAGUACGUCCGACACUUGGCGGGUGAAGUCAUUUACUGCUACCACGCCAUUAACGAAGGCGACGACGAUGCAAUGGAAAUCGAGGGUGAAGGUACUUGUUUCUCAUGUCUACCAAUGCAAAAACAAACCUCGAGGGCGUCGAUUUUGAAAUAUGCCUGUUUCCAUCGAAUCCACCGCUUUAUCGUAUGCGAACGAACUAAACAGACACGCCCGAGCCUUCCUACAAGCCGGACGUGAAAGAGCUGCUGAACCUUGUGAGCGUGAUCGUGCCCUUCCAAAUCAAGCACAACGAGGAGACCACGGCCAUAGACAUGCUGUUGGAGGUUGAGCAGAUAAAAAUGCUCCCGGACUUGUUGGAUGCGUCCACCGUGAAUCGUGUUUGCCUGUACCUGAUGCAGACCGCGGUGUACGCCGGUCAGGCGGAAGAGACGCUGGCUUUGCAGAAGCUCGUGUACGACAUCAACCUGAAAUUCAAGCGGUACACCGAGGCGCAGCGGGUGGCGUUGAAGAUGAAAGACCACGAGCUACUGGUGAAAGUGUUCGCCGACUGCGAAUCCCUCACCACGAAGAUUCAGAUGGGAUACGUGCUGCGACAACACCGAUACCACUACGUAGAGGAGGACUGGGACGAGAAAAUUAUCGAAGCCGCAACGGGCGAGAACUGGAUGAAAAAAUACUACAAGCACAUCGGGAAAGAGCUGGAUGUAAUUUUACAUUGUUGUAUGUGCACACCUUACUCUGUUGUGACUAGGUUCUUUUUCUUAAUCUCGAAUCAAAGGGAGUAAAAGUCAUCGAAAAAGAACACAAAAACAGGUGCUGGAACCCAAGCUUCCGGAGGAUAUCUACAAGAGCCAUUUGGAAGAAAAAAAGCAGCAAGUAGUGCUGGACAGCGCAAAGCAGAACCUCGCUUCAACCUACGUGAAUGCGUUUGUCAACGCUGGGUUCGGCAAAGAUAAGCUUAUGACCGUGGGGGAAGUCUGGCUGUAUAAAAACAAGGUACAGGAGAUGUCCUCUAAUCCGAAAAAUGCAGUGCCAACUAGCUACAUUUUCUGCGGCGUGAGUACUCAUCUGUCGUCCAUAUGGUAUUUCUCAAAUGCCACGCUAUCGCAAAGAAACUGAAAUAAACAGGAACACGGUAUGAUGGCCGCCGCCGCUUCGAGAUGUCUGAUUUCGCUCUGGGACACCGAAGUCUUGGAUGAGGUCGACAAGUACCAGUACGCGUCCGAAGAAUACAUCAAAGCGGGUUACUGCCUUUCCCUGGGGAUCGCGAUGUCCAAUGUCAAGAGUGAGACGGAUCCCGUCUGGGCUCUGCUCCAGGACACUGUCGAAUCGUAUUUCAUUUCUUAGUACACUUCAUAGAUAGAUGUAGAAGACGAGAGACCCGCCGACGCACUUGUAUAAAUGUUCAUGGGAUUUUGCUUUUGCCUCGCAUGUGGUCAGCAUGGAUGAAAGGUGCAAAUUUCCGUACACGACAAACCCAAAUUCUCAGGGGCGGGCAGAAGGAGAAGAUAGCAGCCAUUAUGAGUUUGGGUUUCGCUUACGCAUCAACAAAGCACGAGGAGAUAGUGGAAAACCUCACGCCGCUUAUCGUAGACGUGGACGCAUCGAUGGAGUAUUUUUUUGAUCAUUUGCGACUUUAUUCACUUUGUGUGCUAGUCCGAAGAUUUUGGCUGGUGCAGAAUGGGAGUCCGUCAUUGGCUCUUAAUCGUCAAGGAUGAAUAGAAUAGAGGUUUAUUCCACAAUAUUCCAGGCUCUCUGCAGUGUGCGCCCUCUCUGUCGGGAUGGUCAUGAUGGGCAGCGGCGACGCUGACAUUUGCGGCGCCAUCGUUGCAGCGCUUGAGGAGCGGAUGAAGUUGACCGGCGCUUUGGACAGUUCCGUGGCCACCCUUUUCCCCAUGGCCCUGGGCUUGAUCAUGGUUGGCGUCGGCGAAGGAACAGAAGAGUUCAAGCUCGAGGCGCUGGUAUCGGAUUUUGGAAUUUACUUAUUUGAAAAGCAUGAACAAAAGCAAAACCAGGUAGAGGUACCACUUAAGUAGUAAGUACCUACUUACCUGGAAGAUUUUUCUUUUUUCGUCCGUGCGAAUGCUCUACCUCUAUCCAAAGCAUGAUUGUUUGUCACCAAAAACAACGACAGAUGGAGAUGCUGAAGCAGAUCAGCCACCCGCUCGGCGCUUUCGCGGCCAACCUCAUCACGGGGUUCGCCUACGCCGGCAGCGGGGACGUGCUGCAGGUGCAAAAGAUGAUGCAGGUGUGCGGGGACCACAACAAACACAGCAAGGACGAGAAGGAGGAGGAAAAAAAGGAAGAAGGCGCGGCCGAGGGGGAGAGCGCAAAAUCCACCUCCCCCGCCGGCGGCGCCGCACUGCUGUCCAUUGCGGCGAUUGCGUUUUCCGACGACUUAAGCCGGGAGAUGUGCAUGCGGAUGGUCGAGCACAUCCUCCAGUACGGAAACUUGCAGCUGCGGCGAACAGUGCCAUUGGCGAUCGGCCUGUUGUUCGUGUCCAACGCAAAGCAAGCGGCAAUAGACCUGCUCAGUAUAUUAUUUUUGUGUGUCAGUGAAGAUGUCCAUCAAUUUAUAUUCUUGUUGACCCCGGCUCCUCUGGUAGGCAAGUCAGUGGAGUUAGUCCUCAGUUUCUGUACGAAAGUUUUUUGCCGUGCUUUCCAGUGCUGUUCAGCGUCUCGACCGCCUUCAUAGUCAAUCUUUUCCCAUAACCAUAUUUCAGGUAAGCUCUCCCACGACGCAGACGUAGAAGUAGCUUCCGCGGCGAUUUUCGGCAUGGGUAUCAUGGGCGCUGGCACGAACCACGCGAAAAUUGCCGGUUUGCUCCGACAACUUGCUGCGUACUACGCAAAGGACGCCAACGUGCUCUUUGUCGUCCGUAUCGCACAGGGGUUACUCUACCUCGGCAAGGGGUUGCUCACACUCACUCCUGUGCACAGCGACAGGUUACUCGUGAACAAUGUGGGCAUGGGCGCUUUGCUCACCCUGAUGACCGUCAUGCUCAACUCCAACACACUUCUGUUCACCCACCACAUGCACUGGCUCCUGUACAACUUUCUAUCGAUUUUCAAAUAUCUUACGUCGAUGCUUUCACAUCGUUUUCAUUUAUCCUUGCCCAAGACUGAGUUCUCCUUCUCAUGUCCUUAUUUGUUGUGGUGGUAAGGCCGCUGCGGCAAUGUACUUAGUUUCUCUUUCUCCUGUGGCACAACAAGAUUUUUUUCAGCUAAGGACAACUGCAUGGCGUAAAUCUCACAAAAAUGUUCAUCACAGCUACAUGAUUGUGCCAAGUUUGGCUACCCGCAUGCUGAUAUGUGUCGACGAAGAGGGGGAGCCGGUCCCCGUCACCGUGCGGGUUGGGCAGGCUGUGGAUACCGUUGGACAGGUGGGGAAUCCGAAGUCCAUCACCGGGUUCCAGACGCACACCACUCCGGUCCUUAUGGGCGCCGGCGACCGAGCUGAACUCGCAACGGACGAGUUUUUGGCGGAAACAAACGUGUUGGAUGGUGUCGUAGUGGUCCGGAAGAAUCCCGACUACAAAAAGGAGACUGCGGCAUAAAGUCUGAUAUUUUUUGACAUCAUGAAAAAUAUACAGACUGAAUCAGCGACUGAUGAAAACUUCUCCUUUCCUCCCCAGAACAUCCGGAGGUAGUAGUAGAUUUUUUCAACAUUUUUUCUUCAUAAGCUUACGAAUGUGGCAUACAAGUAGGAUCAUGUUGCCCAUGGAUAAGAUGAAUAGUUGAUAGAGGCUUCUAUCUAUAGCGACGUAUGAGUUUGGUUUGUAGUGCUUGUUCUGGGGGUAAGCAGCUCAGGAUUGGAGAUUUGUGUAGAAGUAUAGGGAUGAUCUUCAACGGCGACUACUUCAGAAACUAGAACACAACUUACUAGCUACUUCUCAACGUCGGCAU